AUGUACAAUGAGAUAGAUGGUGACUUUGAUGACGUGACCAUCAGUACUUUUAAGGUUGGCUUCCCUGCAGAGCAUGGUUUAAGGAAGUCUCUGACUGACAAACCUAUUACCAGUGUGAUUCAAUUAAUGGACUGGAUUGAUAAGUAUAAGAGGUCAGGGUCUGCUAACACCCAGGCGGUUAAUGCAGUGUUCGGAGAACUGGUGCAUCAGCUUAUCCGAGAAGGAAAGUUGAAGCAGCUGUUGCACCAUUCCAGUGGCCAGGCAAAGCAGACAGGUUCAGAUCCCGAGAGAGAUGCUUUUUCAAGACCUCCUCUGGGAACGAUCAAUGUCAUCUUUGCUGCUCCAGGUAGGACCGGCUCUUAUUCCUUCAGAGUGAUGUCUGUGACUCGGGUGUCCACCAAGGACAACAAUUCGGAGCCAAAAAGAGCUAGAAUAGAAAUCCAAUCGGUUCUGGGCUUCUCAGACGAGGAUAAGAUUGGAACCAUCCAACCUCAUGACGAUGCUUUGGUGGUCACACUCAGGAUAGGGGGUAUGAUGUGA